AUGUACCUGACAGCGAUUGCCGACAAAUUAAAGCAAUCGCCGAAGUCCGCAUUUCUUUUUCUUUUUUUCACCUCUAAUAUAUUCCUCUUAAUCUCUUGGCCUCUUUUUCUUUCUUUCAAUGUUCACAGCCUCUUUUCUUCUUCCUACUCCUGCUUCUUUCUUUCUAUUCAUAGCCUCUCUUUCUCUUUACACAGUUCUUAUUUCGGCCUCUCGCUAAUAUUCACACUCUCUUUAUCUCUUCUUUCUUUCUUUUGUAUAUACUCACAGCCUCCCUUUCGCUUCUUUCUUUCUUUUGCUAAUAUUCCAAGCUUUUCUGUCUCUUUUUUCAUUCACGCUCUAAUAUUCACAACUUCUCUUCCUCUUCCUAUGUUUUCUACUUUCUUUCUCUCUCUAAUAUCUACAGUCUCUCCCCCCGUUCCUACCUUUACCGAUUGCCUUUUCUUUUCUCAAACAUUCACAGCCUCUGUUACGCUCCUCCUUAUUUUCUCUCUCUCUCUCUCUCCUAGCUCUUGUCCUUCGUUCCCUCUCUCUAAUAUUCAAAGCCUUCCUUCUUUACUUCAUCCUUUCUCUCUAAUAUUUACAGAUUCGAGGCUCCCCUUUCUCUCUUCCUAUCUUUCUUUCUUUCUUUCUUUUUCUCGCUCACUCUCUCUAAUAUUCACUGACUCUCUUCCUCUGACAACUUUUCCUACUCUCUAUUAUUCACACCUUUCUCUCUCUUCCUAUCUUUCUUUCUUUCUUUCUUUUUCUCGCUCACUCUCUCUAAUAUUCACUGACUCUCUUCCUCUGACUACUUUUCCUACUCCCUAUUAUUCACAGCCUCUCUCUCGCCCUUUCUCACUCUUCCUACAUUUCAUUCUUUCUUUCUCUCUAAUAUUCACCGCCUCUCUACAUCUCUCUAUCAUUGCUUCUCUCCCUUGCUCUAAUAUUCAAAGCCUCUCUUUUGCCCUCUUCUCCUUCUCUCUCAUAUUCGCAAUCUCUCAGCCUCUGUUUACCUUUCCCUCCCUCUAUGAAUCAAAGCCUUCUGUCUGCUUUUUCUUCUCUCCUUCUCUCUAUUCACAGCCACUCUUCCGCCUACCUUUCCUUCUCUCUAAUAUUCACAGCUUUUCUCUCUCUUCCUAUUUUUCCUUUUUCUUUCCCGCGCUCUCUAAGAUUCACAACCUCUCGUCUUCGACCUGUCUUCCCUUCUUUCUAAUAUUCAAAGCAUUUCUUUCUCUCUUCUUAUCUUUCCUUCUUUCUUUCUCUCUAAUAUUCACUGCCUCUCAGCAUCUAUCUUUCCUUUUUCCACUCUCCCUAAUACCCAAAGCCUCUCUUCUUCUGUCGACCUUUCCUUCUCUCUAA